AUGUCGCCCGAGUCGGCGGCAGGGAAGCCCCGCCAGAUGCCAGGAGGACCUCCUCCAACACACUCAAGCUCCUCCCCUGCCCCACCCGCAUCUGCAGUUUCUCCUCCUCGAGCAGCGCAUCCCCGAGCGAGGAGCGCUCGAUCUUCUCGUGCUAGAGCAUCUCCACGGAACCGAGCUGAUGCACCUUGCCUCUGCGGCCUUCAUCGAACCUUGCCGCCAGCACCUCCAUCCCCGACGGCCUCAACACCAUCUCCAGAACAUCCAUGGUCGUCCUCGUCGCCGCUGCCUUCCUCUCGCUUCCCCUUGUAUCCGCCUCGUUCCAGGGAGGGAAUCCCUCGCGACUGCUCCAUCCCUACCGCCCGACGGAAACCCCAUGACCGCCCGCGCCAUCUGUCGUUCUUCUCCGGCAGCCGCGUCGGCAAGCGCCCCGCCGGACCCGCUCUCUUCCUGGCCUCUUCGCUGUCGAACCACAACAACAGCUUCCAUGGUUGUGUAGCUCGCCGCCGGCCUCCACAAGCCCAACGCCACCGGAUUUGGAGGAUCCGGGCCUCCCUCGCUUUCCCGUGUCCGUCCCCUGCCUCUCUGCUUCGCCGGAGUCCCUCGCGAGCCAGCGUCGCGAGCUCCAGCGCCGCUGGUCCUCUGUGUUUCUGUCGAACAGAGGGCGACGCCCGUAGCCUCCCCGCCUCGCGCAUCUGGGCCAGCCAACGCCAAGUCGGCCCAGCCAGCGCUCCACUAGACGUCUGCCUCUACCACCUCCUUAGUAGAUGGGCCAAGGCCCAUGGUUGCUUCUCUCGUUAGCUUCGGUUCCGUUCCGGAGUUGUGAGG